AUGGUGCAACCUACGAACCCGAUCAAGACCACGACUGUCCCAACCGACGAGCACAAGCAAGAGACGAAGCCAGGAGUUGGUGUCGAGAGCAUCGAGAACGUCGGCACGAAGGGUCCUAUCAUCCCGCCCCUGCCGCAGGACCAGACGAAGAAUCCCAACUCCAAGUGGGGCAAAAACGACGAGGUUAAGUUGAAAGUCGAUACCAACACUUCCAGAGAGGGGGACCGCUACAUAGUCGCGAAAACUCCUGAGCGGGAGAACAAUACUUUCAAGUAUCAGUUGAAGAAGAAGGGGUCUGAGACGGUGGAUAAGGAGGAGCUGGACGAGUCUCCAGAAGGCUACCCUCAAGUCACCACAUUGAUGAGCAGCGACCAUAACUUCCUUCAGUUUCGCAGUUUCAGCUACCUUCACACUCGCCUGAUCCUGGCUCUGCAACAAGACGUCGAGAUGCUGGAGCGGCAGCUAGACGGGCUGGACGAGUUUGAUGCCUCGGAGGAUGGCAAUAAACGCAAGCUCUUGGACAAGGAAAGAGACGACAAGCAAGCCACCGUGGAGCAGAUAGCCAAUCCAAAGUUCCAUUUCAAGAAGACCAGACCUCAAGUCAUUUGCGAGCUGAGGGAGAAGUUGAUGGAGUAUGACAAUGUACUCCUGAAGGCGAAAGAGGUCUUGACGCUGCAGACACCAUCCAGCAAAGACUAUCAAAGCGUGAGAGGCUGGCUUAUGGAUGAACAGCCUCUUAUCGAGGAUGACAUCGAGUACAUCCUACACAAAGAGGAUAUCAUCACCCUGCGAACUGGCAGAGAGAGCGCAGCGUUCGACUCUUUCGUAGAGCGAGUCCUGACUUGGUUCGAUCGAUGGCUCCAGAAUCAGUUCAAUUGGCACAUCAUCCACAAUAUAUUCCGGACGCCAGAACUCAAAGCAAAGACGGCCAGCAAGCGUAUCCACUACUACGCCCCCAACCGGCUCGACAUCUUGGUCAACACAAUAAUCACCUUCAUAAUCUUCACACUGAUGGUUCUGCCAGUCCUCUCCUUAUUCCAGGUAUCGAACAACGGCGCAGCGACCCCAUACCAGGCAAUCGGCGUCCUGAUUGUCUUCACGCUCUUGUUCGGCUGCGCAAUGUCGAGUUUGACCAAGGCCACACGCCACGAGCUCUUCGCCGCCUCUGCCGCUUACUGUGCGGUAUUGGUCGUUUUCAUCAGCAAUUUCGCUCCAAGUUUCCAGGGUGAUAAUGGGAGCGGGCGUUGA